CAGGAAGAUCACACCAUCCCCCACCAUCAUCAGAGGGAAGAGCUGAAAUACAUUAAAGUUGAAACCAAAGAGGAAGAAAAGAUGAUCGUUAGUGGAGAACAGCAGUCUAUGGAGAACGUCUAUCCUCCAUAUUCCCAGCAUUUCACACAGGAAGAUCCCAGCAUCUCUCAGGAUGAAGAACUGAAAGACAUCAAAGUUGAGGUAACAGAGGAAGAAAAAGAGACGAUGGUGAGUGGGGAUCGGCAGUCUAUGGAGGAGGGGGAGAUGAUUAUGAAAAGUGAACAGACGAAAUUUUCACUUUGUAUCGACACAAGUGGACACUACGUCUCGAAAAAUAUAUCUUCAGAAUAUAAAGCCACAUCACAAUGUUCUCCCGGAGUAAAACGCAUUACACAAAUAAUACAUCAUAAAACCUAUCAAAUGGAGAGAUCCUGGGAUUUCUCUGAUCCUGAGGAAUCUUCUGAUGAUCCACAUACUAUUAUUAUUGAAUCUCACAGUACAAAUCCAUCAACAGAUCCAUCAAAUCCCGAGGAAUCUUCUUUAAACCAUGAAGGAUCUCACACAAGAAAGCGCUCCUUGUCACGUAGAAUGUCUGGGAAAGCUUUGAAAGAAACUGGAGAGUCUCCUAUACAACAGAAACGUUAUAAGCCUUACUCAUGUCCGGAGUGUGGGAAAAAUUGCAAUCAGAAAGGCAACUUAAUUAUUCACCAGAGACUUCACACUGGCGAGCGUCCUUAUUCAUGUUCAGAAUGUGGGAAAGGUUUCAUUCAGAAAGGAACCCUUCUUACACACCAAACAAUUCAUACGGGUGAGCGUCCCUACGCAUGUUCAGAGUGUGGGAAACGUUUUAGUUAUAAGGCACUACUUACUCAACACCUGAGAAUACACACGAGUGAGCAUCCCUAUUCAUGUCGAGAGUGUGGGAAGAGAUUCAAAUGGAAAGGAAAUCUUCUUAAACACCAGAGAGGACACACGGGUGAGCUUCCUUUCUCGUGUUCAGAGUGUGGGAAAGGUUUCAUUCAGAAAGACAACCUUCUUAUACACCAGAGAAUUCACACGAGUGAGCAUCCCUAUUCGUGUCGAGAGUGUGGGAAGAGUUUCAAACGGAAAGGAAAUCUUCUUAUGCACCAGAGAGGACACACGGGUGAGCGUCCUUUCUCGUGUUCAGAGUGUGGGAAAGGUUUCAUGAAGAAAGACAACCUUCUUGUACACCAGAGAAUUCACACGGGUGAGCGUCCCUUUUCGUGUUCAGUGUGCGGGAAAAGUUUCACCCAGAAAAGUGUCCUUUACCGACAUCAGAAAAUUCACACAGACUAACAACCUUUUUUACAUUCAGAUGGAGAUUGGGGCAAGAGUGACCACCAGAGAACGUGUGUGUCCUACCUUGUAUUUAGAAUGUGAAACAUGUUUCGAUUAAAGAAUAUCACUUAUUGUACACCAGAA